AUGCCACAAUUUCCAACAAAAUUCCAUAAAUCAUUUUUCCAAAUUAAUUUCCAUAUUAUUAUGCCAACCAAUGGCCCACAACUAUGGCCUGUUAAUGUUGUUAACCCAAUCAACCCUCCAGUCAUGCAAAGAUCUAUUGAUCGUCCUAAGAAGAAUCGUAACAAGGUGAAUGAUGAACCGAGGAUAAGAAAUACACUGCCUAGAACUCUUCAAACUGUCAAGUGCAAGAAAUGUGAGAGUUUUGGCCAUAACAAACAAACGUGUAAAGGGAAGCGAGCUGCGGAGAGAGCGAUUCCUAAAGGUGGCAACAAAAAACCUUUAAAAAAAGGGGUGACAAGUAGGGCAAGGAAGCGGGACAAACUGUUGUAG